GAUCCAGGCGGCGACGGUCGCUACAGUGGCGGCGACGGCGUCCCGUCCUACUUCCGCGGCUCUGGACGCCGUGGUGUCCGCGGCUCCCGACAUCAUGACUGCCCAGGGCCAGUCGACGGCAGGGUCGUCGCCUCUGUCCACCGUGUUCCGUCAUGUGCGAUACGAGAACCUGGUGGCGGGCAUCAGCGGCGGUGUCCUCUCCAACCUGGCGCUGCAUCCGCUUGACCUGGUGAAGAUCCGCUUCGCCGUGAGUGACGGACUGGAACUGAGACCGAAAUAUAAAGGAAUAGUGCAUUGUUUAACCACUAUUUGGAAAGUUGAUGGACUACGAGGCCUUUAUCAAGGAGUAACUCCAAAUGUAUGGGGUGCAGGUUUGUCUUGGGGACUCUACUUUUUCUUCUACAACGCCAUUAAAUCAUAUAAGACAGAGGGGAGAACAGAACGGCUAGAGGCAACAGAAUACCUUGUUUCAGCUGCUGAAGCUGGGGCCAUGACACUUUGUAUUACCAACCCAUUAUGGGUUACAAAGACUCGACUUAUGUUACAGUAUGAUGUUGUCAGUACUCCCCAGAGACAGUACAAAGGAAUGAUGGAUACCCUUGUAAAGAUAUAUAAAUAUGAAGGUGUACGUGGAUUAUACAAGGGAUUUCUGCCUGGGCUGAUUGGAACAUCACAUGGAGCACUUCAGUUCAUGGCAUAUGAAUUGCUGAAAUUGAAGUACAACACACACAUUAAUAGAUUACCAGAUGCGCAGUUGAGCACAAUAGAAUAUAUAUCAGUUGCAGCGAUGUCAAAAAUAUUUGCUGUGGCAGCAACAUACCCAUAUCAAGUAGUGAGAGCCCGACUUCAAGAUCAACAUAUUUUUUACAACGGUGUACUUGAUGUAAUCAACAGGACAUGGAGGAAAGAAGGCAUCCUUGGAUUUUACAAAGGAAUUGUCCCUAAUUUGAUUAGAGUGACUCCAGCCUGUUGCAUUACCUUUCUAGUUUACGAAAAUGUCUGCCAUUUUUUACUUGGCCUUAGAGGAGAAGAGUAAAUGUAAAGAAAAUAAUGCAAAAAUAUCUGCCAAGAAACAUCAUACUCCUUAGUGCUCAUUAUUCAAAAAAUGGAAGAAAUAAUGCAUAACAGCAUUUAUCCAAUUCAAAUCAACUUUGAACUGUUGAAAGAAGUCAAAGAACUGAUGAAUCCUCAAAAGUUUUCUGGGUUUGCUCUCAUUGAUCUAUAUGACUUGGCUGUCUUUGCCUAGAAUAGCUGCCGUCAAAACAAUAUUAAAACUGACAUGAAGUGUAUAGCUCCGUGAAUUUGUCCAUUUCGUUGUUCAAAUAGAAGCUGAUUUUGCAACAUUUGUCUAGUGGAUUAAAUGAUUUGCCUUUAUUGCUAAACUGAACUGUAUAGAUUGGUUUUUAAAAUCUGCUUUUGUGCAAUAGUAUGAAGUUGUCCUCUGUACAAGGAUACAUGGUGGUAUAUAUGUAAUAGUUGACUUUAAGGGAAUGAUUUCGAACUUUAGAAGGUUUGCUGAAAGAAGUGCCCAAAUUUAGAGUAUAUCAGAAUCAGUGGACAGUGAAACAAGCAUUCACUAGUGAUAUACUUUGGUUUUAGGUUAGUUUGUACUCUGCUGAAAUUCCAUGCCUCUCUCAGGAUUAAGGAGUGAGUGGAGUCUGUAUCUAUUGUAAUAACAAUUCUCUUCCCUCCCCCCCAGUUUAAAGUUUACUUUCAGAUCCAAGUUUUCUGAAAACUGGCAUUGAAUAUACUUUUGAUUUUUCAAAUCUCAUCGUGCUCCCAGACUGAGUAUCUCUGUCUUGAUUUACAUACAAUUUAAUAGAGAUGCUUACAGAAUUCCUCUGCAGAUUCAGUGUUGUAUUACUUAACUGGUUGAUUAUAUAUAAAAUGGAAAACAGUCUUCCCAGUUAUGCUCUAACUUUGGAAUAUCGGGGUCUGGAUUCCAUUGGUUGGUCAAAUUCAUGUUUUUACAUGAAAUACAAAUUUUACCUGUACUUAUUAUUGUUGAUUUUAUUUUUAAUGAGGCAUUGCAGGAGCGGCUUAAAUAAAAAGAUAUUACCCUUUCCCUUUACCCUAAAAUGUUGAAAUAGUAAUUAUAUUCUUAUUUAUCAUAAAUAUCUAUGACUGCUAUUGCACUACCAUCUGUUUCUUGUAAAUAAAAUAUUGCAAUUUUCAAAGCCAUAUUUAAAUGGUUCUUUGAAAAUGGAUCUAUUUUUACAUUUUGAAUGGUAUUGUUUUUCAAAUAAAGCUGAAAUAAAUAAUGUUAUGUGUAUUUCCUAUGUAGGCAUUGAUACUAUACCUGGAAAUGUGUUUUAAGGUUCUAAUAAAAUCUUUUCAUUCGUGCUUCUCAAGAACUAAUAGAUUAUAGCAAAAA